GGAUAACAAGAACAUCGACAAGUCGGCUGUUCCCAAGAUAUAUAACUUCUUCUACCAGGCCAUCUUCCUGUCCAGCCUGCUGGAGCAGAUCACGGCCCAGGGAGCCCAGAUGGCUGCGGACUUUGCGCGGGUGGAGGUGGGCAAGCACGCGGCGGACUACCUGAGGGACCUGGUCACGCUGCCGGAGUGGAAGGCUGUGCGGCAGCGGUUGGAGGAGUGCGGGCGUUACUCGAACCCCAAGAUGCGGCGACUGGAGGAGGUCAUGUUGGAGCACUUUGGGCUGAAGUCCUCCGGGGAGAACGCACCGCGUGAUGUCUCGCCGAUUGCUGCGGCCGCCGCCACCGCCGUAGGUGCCGGUGCUGCAGGCCGGGACGGGGACCUUGCUGCCCGUGGCGUUGCCGAU